CAGUUGACAGACAUACUGUAGGCCUAGGCUAACACGUCUCAUGCCUUCACGUGUAUUUUUCUAAGAUUUGACGACUUAAAUUUACUUCACAUUAAUGAGUGCGUAUUCCAUAAAACGCUAAAGCAUAUCUUUAUAGUUUGGGUAACUCUUUAUGGUUUGUUGGUUGUCUUUUGUAAUUGUAUCGACUUUUGAACGCUUGAAGCCAGUGUGCCAGAUGAAACAUUUAUAUUCGCUCACGUCAAAAGUUCACAAAAAUGGGAAGAAAUUCAUAUCGGAAGUUGACGGAAAACUUCGGAACAACUCGUACAUUGCGUAUGUGAUUUCAUGAUGAUUCUGAUCAAAAAAAUUAUGAAUAAAUUAUAAUCUCCAUGAUUCUGAUUGUGUUUCGUUCAUGUGUUGAUCUUUGCUUUAUGUUCAUUUUAUAUGACAACACGAACGUAUUGCAUUUCAGAGUUUAUUUCAUAAAAUGACGCCCGUUAAUACUAAAAGACAAUCCAUAUUUGCGAAUAGGUCUUAUGGAGCUCUAGAUAUUACAGCUCGAGAUGAGGAAAGGAAUCAAACGACAGAUAAAAACACUGAACAAUUAAUGAGAAAAAAAUUAAAAUGGCAUUAUAUGAACGCUUAUGAGAAAUACAAAGCAGGUGGUCGUAAACCGUGGAAACUUUCUGUUCAAAUUAUCAAGAUAUUUCUUGUCACAGUGCAGAUACUUUGGUUUGGUCAGUUGAGAUUCUCUGUUGUAGAGUAUGUGGAUGAAGCUCGUGGUGUAUUCAAGAGUCUUUUUUUUAUGAACAAUAGCACUUCACUUUACACAAAAGAAAGUCUUUAUCAUCAAAUCAAUUAUACAAUUUCCCAGUAUAAACACAUCAAUGAUAUAGCACUCGGUCCAUAUGCACCAUCACCUAACAGUUCUGUUCGAUUAUGUGUUAACUCGUAUAAAGACUCGACUAUUGAUCCUAGUAACUUUCGUUUCAAGUUCCCGUAUUCUGAUCCGUCAUCAACCUGUAAAAACAUUACAACUUUUACAAAUAAGAGCAUUAAUGAGUUCGUAGCAAUGAAUAAUAUACCUUCCAAUUUUAGCAAUGUUGAUGAAAUGUGGUUAAUUCUAUAUUUGCAAACAAUUAAAAUUGAUCAGUUGAAGUUAGGAAACAUUCCUAAAUGUGUGAAAUUCAAAAUCAAGCUCAUUUUCCACAAUGAACAUAACACUGGAAAUUUCAAGUUGGAAAUGAAAACAAACCAGGAAUAUAUAAAAUGCGGUACCGCUAAAAAAAAUGAUGUGUUGAUUUCUAGUGAAAUGAUUUACGAUAGUGUUGUCAUAAUGGUUUGUGUUUGGUCCUUUGUUCUUACAUCACGUUCUCUAUAUAGAAAUUUUAAAUUGGCUAAGUUGCACAAGUUAUUUGCUGUAACAACUAAUCAGUUGCACAAGUUAUUUGCUGUAACAACUAAUCAGUUACACAAGUUAUUUGCUGUAACAACUAAUCAGUUGCACAAGUUAUUUGCUGUAACAACUAAUCAGUUGCACAAGUUAUUUGCUGUAACAACUAAUCAGUUGCACAAGUUAUUUGCUGUAACAACUAAUCAGUUACACAAGGUAUUUGCUGUAACAACUAAUCAGUUACACAAGGUAUUUGCUGUAACAACUAAUCAGUUGCACAAGGUAUUUGCUGUAACAACUAAUCAGUUGCACAAGUUAUUUGCUGUAACAACUAAUCAGUUGCACAAGUUAUUUGCUGUAACAACUAAUCAGUUACACAAGUUAUUUGCUGUAACAACUAAUCAGUUACACAAGGUGUUUGUGGUAACGAUUGUUACAAUACACAAAGUGUGCAUUGUAACAACUGAUCAGUUACACAAGGUGUUUGUAGUAACGAUUGUUACAAUACACAAAGUGUGCAUUGUAACAACUGAUCAGUUACACAAGGUGUUUGCGAUUGUUACAAUACACAAAGUGUGCAUUGUAACAACUGAUCAGUUACACAAGGUGUUUGUGGUAACGAUUGUUACAAUACACAAAGUGUGCAUUGUAACAACUGAUCAGUUACACAAGGUGUUUGUAGUAACAAUUGUUACAAUACACAAAGUGUGCAUUGUAACAACUGAUCAGUUACACAAGGUGUUUGUGGUAACGAUUGUUACAAUACACAAAGUGUGCAUUGUAACAACUGAUCAGUUACACAAGGUGUUUGUGGUAACGAUUGUUACAAUACACAAAGUGUGCAUUGUAACAACUGAUCAGUUACACAAGGUGUUUGUGGUAACGAUUGUUACAAUACACAAAGUGUAUAACGUUCAGGUUUUUCAGAAUAAAGAAAACAUCAAGUUGUCACUUGUGUCCGAUGGACUGGAACUUGUUAACGCUUGGUUUAUCAUUAUAAUACUCACAGAUAUUUUGACAAUUGUUGGAUCUAUCUACAAAAUCUAUAUUGACAUGAUGAAUUUAGAGACAAUGUAUUUUUUCGACGUAUGUAGUAUGUGUCUUGGCAUCUCGGUUCUUUUUAUUUGGAUUGGUAUUUUACGUUAUUUGGGUUUCCUGAAACAGUACAAUGUUUUGUUGAUAACACUUGAAACGGCAAUGCCCAACGUUCUGAGAUUUCUUUCUUGUGCUGGAAUUAUAUACAUGGGUUUCCUGUUUUGUGGUUGGAUUGUCAUUGGUCCUUACCAUCCAAAGUUUACCUCGCCAUCUAUUGUAUCCGAGAGUUUGUUUUCUCUCCUAAAUGGCGAUGAUAUGUUUCGAACAUUUCGUUUGAUGUCGAAGGAUAAUUAUGGAAUAUGGAUAUUCUGCAAGAUAUACCUUUAUGUUUUCAUAUCCCUAUUCAUCUAUAUUGUACUCAGUUUGUUCAUUGGUAUCAUUAGUGAUGCAUAUGAGAGGUUGAAGGCUGGAGAACACGUGUUACGUUCUAACAUACAGCGAUUUAUCCAUGGUCCUGGCUUGAAGCAAUCAGAAAUGCUUGAGUCAUCUGAUGUAAUAACUGAACCCGAGACGCCGAAUGUUCCUGCAUAACAUUUGUGUGGCAUGUUAUAUUUAUUUUAGGUGAAAUGAAACUCAUUGUGAAAUUAAAAGGAUACUUUGUGUCAGCUUGAAAAUAAAUAUGAUAAAUAUACAACUAAUACUUACUCUAUGUCAAAACAUUACACACAGAACAGUUUUUAUUUUCACUCAUACGUACAAAAUACGUAGUUUUUUCUAAAGAAAUAUUGAUAGAGAAUUAUGCCAGCUGUUGUCAAUGACCAGCACAAAACUACGCAUAAUUUGUUUUGCAUUCAAUGGCUUUGGAAAACAUCUCAUAUCGCAUAGAAAAGUAUUGAAUAAUUUAGUGUGUCCAUACUAGUGGAAAUAUGAAUUACUAUGUGAUAAAAAAUGCUUAUUUGUAAUACAUUAAAUAUUUAUAUUAUGGUGUUUUAUGCAGACUUUUCUCUUGUAUAAACACAUCAUUUGUACUCAUUUACGUUCAAACUGCGUGCUAGACAAGUCAUGUUACUUGAUCUUUAUUUACUGUAAUAAAAAACACUUUAACAAAAUUCAUGUAAAUGAACUUCAAAUGAUUAUGUUUUAAAUAAAAUUUUCCAAUUGAGA